GUUUAGCUUUUAUAAAUCUUUGCUUCAAUAUUAUCUAAGAAUUCCUUUGCUUUCAUUUAUAAAUUAUCCUAGCUUCAAUAUAAUUAACCUUAGCUAAGAAAAUGGGUUCUAUUUAUGAGAUUCCAAUGCCUCAAAAAUCAAAGGGUCCGGCUACAAUCCUUGCUAUUGGCAUUGCUAAUCCACCAAAUGAAUUUAGCCAAGAAGAUUAUCCCGAUUACUAUUUUGGAAUUACAAAUAGCCAACAUUUAACCCAUCUCAAGGCCAAGUUCAAGCGCAUGUGCGAAAAAUCAAUGAUUAAGAAGCGUUACUUACAUGUAACCGAAGAAACCUUCAAAGAAAACCCUCAAAUGUGCGAUCGCAAUGCACCAUCCCUAACAGCCCGUCAAGCUAUACUCGCAACCGAAGUACCCGAACUCGGCAAACAAGCGGCUGAGGAGGCCAUCAAAGAAUGGGGGCAACCCAAGUCCAAGAUCACCCACGUUAUCUUCGCCACCAACUCUUUCGUCGAUACACCCGCUGCUGACCAAUACCUCGUCAUGCUUCUCGGCCUUUCGCCUUCUGUUAAGCGUUUUGUUCUCCGCCAAGUUGGCUGUCACGCAGGGGGUACACUCCUACGUGUAGCCAAAUCCAUGGCAGAAAACGAACACGGAGCUCGUGUGCUGGCUGUUUGUUCGGAGAUGAGUUCCACUAUCUGUUUCCAAGCUCCUGAUGAGACUAACCUGUUACCUCACACCUUAUUUGCUGACGGGGCAGCAGCAUUGAUCGUAGGUGCUGACCUUGUUGAGCACGUAGAGCAACCAAUUUAUCGGAUUGUGUCCGCUGAGCAGACUACAAUCCCGAACUCUGAUGGGGUUAUACAAGCCCGCCUAAGGGAAGUAGGGUUAGUUGGUGAAAUACGUCCGGAUGUACCUAUACUUAUAGGAAAAAACGUCGAAAAUAUAUUGAUUGAAUCGUUUAAUCGAUUUGGAAUCAAAGAUUGGAACUCCUUAUUUUGGAUCCCUCACCCUGGAGGUCCAGCUAUAUUAGACCAGAUUGAAACUGAAAUCGAGCUUGAGCCGAGCAAACUGAGUACUACUAGGCACGUCCUAAGCGAGUAUGGGAACAUGUGGGGUGCGACGGUGAUAUUCAUAUUGGAUGAGAUGAGGAAGAGGUCGUCGAAGGAGGGCAAAUCGACAACCGGAGAAGGAUUGGAAUGGGGUGUGUUGUUUGGUUUUGGUCCUGGUCUUACUGUUGAAACCAUUGUUCUUCAAAGUGUUCCACUAACUAAUUAAUUAUUAAUUAGUUGGGAUUAAAUUGGAGGAGGUCUUAAAGAUAUAUUACAUUACAUCAAGCUGUUACAUAUCAGUGAAGAUUGAAGAAUAAAGGUUGAACUACUAUAUGUAGUAUAAUUAGUGAGUUUGUAGACUGUGUACUUAGAGAAUAAAAAGUUUUCAAUAACUUGUAAUAAUAAUGAGUGUUGCUCAUAAAUUUAUGCUAGUGUGUGCUGGUAUUUAUUUUAAAUUUAUUUUCUUAAUUUUAAUUUGUACAAGUAUACUUUGUUUAUUUUGUACUACCAUCUUUAUAACAAAAAAGUUUUUACUUUCCCAUUUGAAAUUAAUAUUAUAUUCACAAGUAAUAAUUAAGUAGCUUGCAGGGGAUGAUUUUACAGCGGUCAUUUGAAAAAUGACUACCAUAUUUAUUUAAUGAGGAUGUUUCUACUAUGGUCAUCGUUAUUGUGACCGUGACUAUACUUAAUUAUGAUUGGUUGAUUUUUGCUUUAUUUUAAAAUCUUGGUAUUAGUAUUUUCCAUUUUUAAUUCAUUUUCUUAUUUCCAAAAAUCAAUUACUGAUUUUCCGAAAUUGUUUUUUUUUUGAAAUUAUUUUAUUAAAACAUAUUUUUAAUAAAACCCAAAAUUAAGAUUAAAUAAAAAAAAAAAAUUGUUCUUCAGAGUUCAUCGAUGUUCAUCAAUGUUCUUCACCGUUCUUCAAAGUUCUUCAAAUUUGUUCAUCAAAUAAUGAAAUUAACUACAAAUUUAUUUUCCAUGUCCCUUAAAUUCAAUCGCGCAUCAAUGGAGACAAAAAAAAAGGCCAAAUUUAUACAGUCCUUGCGCAAUUAUAUUUUAUUAAAUAAAAAACGG